GAUGCCCACCAUGCGGAGGACCGUGUCGGAGAUCCGCUCCCGCGCCGAGGGUUAUGAGAAGACCGAUGAUGUCUCCGAGAAGACUUCACUGGCUGACCAGGAGGAAAAACGGACUAUAUUCAUCAACCAGCCUCAGCUGACAAAAUUUUGCAAUAACCAUGUCAGCACUGCAAAAUACAACAUAAUCACAUUCCUUCCAAGAUUUCUCUACUCACAGUUCAGAAGAGCUGCUAAUUCAUUUUUUCUCUUUAUUGCACUGCUUCAGCAAAUACCUGAUGUAUCACCAACAGGUCGCUACACAACACUGGUUCCUCUCCUAUUUAUUUUAGCUGUGGCAGCUGUCAAAGAGAUAAUAGAAGAUAUUAAACGACAUAAAGCUGAUAAUGCAGUGAACAAGAAACAGACACAAGUGUUGAGAAAUGGUGCUUGGGAAAUUGUUCACUGGGAAAAGGUGACAGUAGGGGAAAUAGUGAAAGUGACCAAUGGGGAACAUCUCCCAGCAGAUCUCAUCAGCCUGUCCUCAAGUGAGCCCCAGGCCGUGUGCUACAUUGAAACAUCCAACUUAGAUGGUGAAACAAACCUGAAAAUUAGACAGGGCUUACCAGCAACAGCAGAUAUAAAAGACAUUGACAGUUUGAUGAGAAUUUCUGGCAGAAUCGAGUGUGAAAGUCCAAAUAGACAUCUCUACGAUUUUGUUGGCAACAUAAUACUUGACGGACAUGGCACUGUUCCCCUGGGAGCAGAUCAGAUUCUUCUUCGAGGAGCUCAGUUGAGAAAUACACAAUGGGUUCAUGGAAUAGUUGUCUACACUGGACAUGACACCAAACUGAUGCAGAAUUCAACAAGUCCACCACUUAAACUCUCAAAUGUGGAACGGAUUACAAACGUACAAAUUUUGAUUUUAUUUUGUAUCUUAAUUGCCAUGUCUCUUAUCUGUUCUGUGGGCUCAGCCAUUUGGAAUCAAAGGCAUUCUGGAAAAGACUGGUAUCUCAAUCUAAACUAUGGUGGCGCUAAUAAUUUUGGACUGAAUUUCUUGACCUUCAUCAUUCUUUUCAACAAUCUCAUUCCUAUCAGCUUGUUGGUUACAUUAGAAGUGGUGAAAUUUACUCAAGCAUACUUCAUAAAUUGGGAUCUCGACAUGCAUUAUGAACCCACAGACACUGCUGCUAUGGCUCGAACAUCUAAUCUGAAUGAGGAACUUGGCCAGGUAAAAUACAUAUUUUCUGACAAAACUGGUACUCUGACAUGCAAUGUAAUGCAGUUUAAGAAGUGCACCAUAGCUGGAGUUGCUUAUGGCCAUGUCCCUGAACCUGAGGAUUAUGGCUGCUCUCCUGAUGAAUGGCAGAGCUCACAGUUUGGAGAUGAAAAAUCAUUUAGUGAUUCAUCAUUGCUGGAAAACCUCCAAAAUAAUCAUCCAACUGCACCUAUAAUAUGUGAAUUUCUUACAAUGAUGGCAGUUUGUCACACAGCAGUACCAGAGCGAGAAGGCGAUAAGAUUAUUUAUCAAGCAUCAUCUCCAGAUGAGGGAGCACUGGUCAGAGCAGCCAAGCAAUUGAAUUUUGUUUUCACUGGAAGAACACCUGACUCAGUGAUUAUAGAUUCACUGGGGCAAGAAGAAAGGUAUGAAUUGCUCAAUGUCCUGGAGUUCACCAGCGAUAGAAAAAGAAUGUCGGUGAUUGUUCGCACUCCAUCCGGGAAGUUACGACUUUACUGCAAAGGAGCUGACACUGUAAUUUAUGAUCGACUGGCAGAGACUUCAAAAUACAAAGAAAUUACCCUAAAACAUUUAGAGCAGUUUGCUACAGAAGGGUUAAGAACUUUAUGUUUUGCCGUGGCUGAGAUUUCAGAGAGUGACUUUCAGGAGUGGCGAGCAGUCUAUCAGCGCGCGUCGACAUCUGUGCAGAACAGGCUGCUGAAACUCGAAGAGAGUUAUGAGUUAAUUGAAAAGAAUCUUCAGCUACUUGGAGCUACAGCCAUUGAAGAUAAAUUACAAGAUCAAGUGCCUGAAACCAUAGAAACUCUGAUGAAAGCAGACAUUAAAAUCUGGAUCCUUACAGGCGACAAGCAAGAAACUGCCAUUAACAUUGGACACUCCUGCAAACUUUUGAGGAAGAACAUGGGAAUGAUUGUUAUAAAUGAAGACUCUCUUGAUGGAACGAGGGAAACUCUCAGUCGUCACUGCACGACCCUCGGUGAUACUCUUGGGAAAGAGAGUAAUUGUGCUCUUAUAAUUGAUGGGAAGACCCUCAAAUAUGCCUUAACUUUCGGAGUACGACAGUAUUUCCUGGACUUAGCUUUGUCAUGCAAAGCUGUUAUUUGCUGCAGGGUUACUCCUCUUCAAAAAUCUGAAGUCGUCGAGAUGGUGAAGAAGCAAGUCCAAGUCAUAACUCUUGCAAUUGGUGAUGGAGCAAAUGACGUCAGCAUGAUACAGACGGCGCAUGUUGGUGUUGGUAUAAGUGGCAAUGAAGGCCUUCAGGCGGCUAAUUCUUCUGAUUACUCCAUAGCUCAGUUCAAGUAUUUGAAGAAUUUAUUGAUGGUUCAUGGUGCCUGGAACUAUAACAGAGUCUCCAAAUGCAUUUUGUACUGCUUCUACAAGAAUAUAGUCCUCUAUAUUAUCGAGAUCUGGUUUGCCUUUGUUAAUGGCUUUUCUGGACAGAUCCUCUUUGAGAGAUGGUGUAUAGGUCUUUAUAAUGUGAUGUUUACAGCAAUGCCUCCCUUAACUCUCGGAAUAUUUGAGAGAUCAUGCAGAAAAGAGAAUAUGUUGAAGUAUCCUGAAUUAUACAAAACAUCUCAGAAUGCCCUGGACUUCAACACCAAGGUUUUCUGGGUUCAUUGUUUAAAUGGCCUCUUCCACUCAGUUAUUCUGUUUUGGUUUCCACUAAAAGCCCUUCAGUAUGGUAAUGUAUUUGGAAAUGGGAAAACCUCCGAUUAUUUGCUGCUGGGAAACUUUGUUUACACUUUUGUGGUGAUAACUGUCUGUUUGAAAGCGGGAUUGGAGACAUCGUAUUGGACAUGGUUCAGCCACGUAGCAAUUUGGGGCAGCAUUGCGCUCUGGGUGGUGUUUUUCGGAAUCUACUCGUGUCUGUGGCCUAGUGUUCCGAUGGCCCCUGAUAUGUCAGGAGAGGCAGCCAUGUUGUUUAGUUCCGGAGUCUUUUGGAUGGGCCUGUUAUUUAUCCCUGUGACAUCUUUGCUUCUUGAUGUGGCGUACAAGGUUAUCAAGAGGACGGCUUUUAAAACAUUAGUAGAUGAAGUUCAGGAACUGGAGGCAAAAUCUCAAGACCCAGGGGCAGUUGUGCUUGGAAAAAGCCUCACAGAGAGGGCGCAACUGCUCAAGAACGUCUUUAAGAAGAACCACGUGAAUUUGUACCAGUCCGAAUCAUUGCAACAUAACCUCCACGGGUAUGCUUUCUCUCAAGAUGAAAAUGGAAUCGUCUCACAGUCUGAAGUGGUUAGAGCAUAUGACACCACAAAGCAGAGACCCGAUGAAUGGUGAUGGGGAGGAGCUGCGAGGCAGGCUCUGCUGUGUCUCUAAGGAGAGCUCCCAGGUCUGCACCGGAAUCUGCUGACCAACUCCAGUCUGGUCCAAGGAGGGGAAAGGUGGAUCUGAGCUCGUCUCGUUGAUUGACAUUCAGAUUCAUGUGUAUUAUAGACAGAAGCACUGUGCAACUAUACUGUAACACCAUCUCUUUCAGAUUUUUUAAAGUAUUUGCUAAGUCUUUGUAAACAAGAAUUGAAAAUGAUCUUGUAUCUUGCCAGAGCACUUUCUUAAACUGAGAAUAGGUCAGUAUUGUGCUGUUACUCUGGGGCUGUACCUGACUAUCAAUUUAUUGGACAUACCACAAGGCGACCCACCAUUUAAAAGACUCUAAAAUGGUAAUAAGUUAAAGAGACUCUUGAUAUCCAGACUUAGAUUUCAGAAUAUGCUGAAAAAAACCAGCAUUCUUAAGGAACUGACUCACCUUACUGAGCAAAUUUCUAAACAAGACAUAAGUGUUUGUGUCAAAAACUGUCUCGAUAAAUGUUUGCCAAAGAAGUUCAAUAAAUGUAUUUCUCAUUCAGUAGUCAUUUGCCUAGAAAUUUAAGAGAAGGUUUACUUCUAGUUCUGCUGUAAGAUCUGCAUGCUUGACUUUUCAAAUGUAAGAGUGAUUUACAAAAAUGAGUAUUUCAAGGCAUUUGCUACUAAAAUCUGUCAUGUUGCACCUUUGGCCUUACAAAUGCUUAUUUCUGGUUUGUCUUGUUUAUUUGUUGAAGUUAUAAGGCACAUGUGAUAAUGUGACUCUGUCGCUACAAUACUGAUUUUUAAACCUGUAUUUAUGUCUCAGUCACUUCUGAUGAGGUUUCAUCAUCGUUUAGAUUCUUCUAAAAAGCUGGCUGCUGCUGUAGACUGAGUGAUGUCAUUUUGUCUUAAAGUUUUCUCUCUCAAAAGUAUGCUUACGUAUUUAUGUGAGAUUUCCAGUGCUUCUGUCAAGAUGUUUGGAAUACCAUGCCGGAUAAACGCAUGGGCUUUUGUAACAUACGUAGUCUCGGCUUUUGUCCUCUGUAUUGGGUCUCCCUAUUAAUUGCCACUGGAGCUGCCUGCUGUCUUAUAUAGCAAUCUGAUGUUCUGGUGACUGCCCCUGUACUUAAGACUGAGAAUUACUUUACAGUUCACUUGUCAAGCAGCUCCCAAGAUUAAGUCACACGCUGCUAAUUGGGACAAAGAAGUAGUACAUUUUCCCCAUUUUAAAAACACCUAUUUUACUCAAGCCUGUAAUUUGACAGCGAAAGAACACUUUUCAUCAUAAGUUGGUUUCAUUAAUAUAUUUUAAAAUGUACAUUCAGUUUACUUAUUUUCAGCGUUUCCAAGACAUCUCCUGAAAAUGCCUAUUUUGCUACCAAGAUAUAUGAAGGGGCUGUUUAAAAACCACAACCAGUUUUCUACACUAUUUUUAAAAUAAUACUGUCAUUUAGAAAAAAUAAAAGGAAUUCUAGUUUUCAGAUACACUUCAGAGAUUGAAGCAAACUUUUUGCCUUUUAUUCAAAAGCCUGUUUGCCUUUAAGUGGACUUACCAGCAAAAUAGGUAGAACUUCCUCUUAAAAUAAAAAAGUCGACUAGAAUUGAGAAGAGAGGUGAUUUUCCAAAUCACUCCUUGAGUUUAAUAAUUUCACAUUCUCUUCACCCUUUUUCCCAAUCUAGAUCUAAAAUUGGGCUAUUUAUCAUUUCCUUCUCUGCAUUUGUAGCUAUUUAGUUACAGGUAUGCCUCCCAUGUUUUCUACAAAUAAGAAAAGUUAUAACACAUACAUAAUUCUAAGCUAAAGGGGGCAAGGAGUUGACAUACUUCACUUCCCAGAGCCUUCCCAUUUGGGACUCAGAUCAAGAGAAUCAUGAAUCAAAACCUCCAGCAAGAUCACAGGUGUAAGAGGCUAAGAUCAUCUUCAGAAUUGUGAAGUCACAGACUUUAACUGUCUACCGAAUGGAUAUUCAGAGCGGCUUUUCUGCGCCUCCUAAUGGUGAUAGUUGAGGUCAAACCACAAGAAUCAAAAAGCAAUGAAGUGCAUCCCUCCAGAGAAACCCUUUAUAGCAGUUACAGAGAAGAGCUGCUUCCAUUUGCCCUCCCCUCAUCAGUGGCAUCCUUCUCCAAAAUUUUAAUAUCAAAAUGUGAUGAAUAUAACAGAAUGGAAUUUUCUGACUUAAGAAAACUAAAAGUUUUAUUUUUAUCUUGAAACAUGGAUUGUUUCUGUGGAGCUCUUCAACAUGAGUAGAAUACUCAUGGUUAAUAAGUUAACAUACAAGAUCAUGAUCUGAAAUGUGAUUCAUUAUGCCCUUUUGUCCCAUGGUCCUAUUUUUGAAUUAUCAAUACGAAGUCCAUGUCUUUGCCUCUUGGUUGGGAGUAGAGAGUGGACAGCAGGGAGUGGCCUCCUUGGUAAAACUUAAAAUAUAACAUUGCAAUUGCAGUGACUUUAUAGUGUUAAGUUAGAGAAAACCCUCUGAUUUUUUAACCUUCCUAAGGGGGGAAAACGUGACACAGUUUUACCAGGAUUAAAAUAAAUAGUUGAAGUGACUUUUAACGUAUAUUUUCUGAAAUAAAGGACAGGUACUCUUCAAUUAAAAAGUCCCUUGUAGGGACUCGGGCAGAUGCUAACACCAUUGCUUUACAAUGUUUACAAUUCAGAAAAUACUACUUACAGCAGAAAAUCCUCAUUCAUUUCCCAUUGAAAAGCUGGGAGUUGCUUCUUUAAUGUUGAAUAGUACACAGUGAUAUUAAGCAUGAACUUUCUAAAUGUUUUAUAUAUACAAAUAAAAAUAUAUUGGUGUCUCACACCCAGAAAGAUGCUAUAUGAUAGAAAUUAUUAGCAGGAAGAUGGUGUUUCUCAGGAAUGUAGUAAAUUUAAAAUGAUGUGUGUUGCCCACCCUUCCACACCCCACUCUGUCUGAUGUGAGCCUGCUUCAGCAAUGUUGCAGAGUUAAUGGAAAACUUUUUCCAAUCAAGUCAGGUGAGCAUGUGUUCUGCUCAAUAAUAUUAGCCAUUUACAUGAAUUGUAUGGUCAUUAAAUGGAAUCAGUGAUUCCUCUUAAUUUCCAGGGGAAAAAGUGAAUUCAAAAAAUCAACAUGUAUUCUGAUCAUUACAUUUUACAUUUUAAUUUUGCAGUUCAGCAUUCUAAAUAUCCAAUAUGAAAGUCAUAUGUUAAUUUGUUCUGCAUUGUGUGCACUGUACAUCACUUAUAAUUUGUCAUUUAAAAUAUGCUUUCAGGAAGUGAAUGCUAGUCUGAAAGUAAUAGAGUGUAUAUACAUAGUUUUUAAAUUAUAACAAUGUCAUCAUUAACACAAAGCUAAAUUAUCACUAACGUUUAUUUUUGUGCAGCUGCCAUUGGAUAGUUCCUGAUUUUAGAACUUAUCAAAUAAAUCUAUAAUCUUAUGUACAAAAUUUGUCAAGAAAAUGCCCACCCCAUUCACAUCGUAUGGACCAGGCCUAUGGAAUUCUUUUUGUAAAUUACUUAAUGUAACACCAUGCAGUCUGGUGCCUAAUAAAUGCUUUUUAAUGGUGAACAUUUCCAUAAUGUCUCUUAAAGAGACCACAGUCUGAUUUUUCUCACAUUAAAAUAACUGAAGUCACUUGCAAAACUUAUACUUUGCUGCCUUUUAAUUAACCUUCAACAGCUAUUAAAAUGGAAUGUAAGUUAAAUUUUGAAGAAAAGGAAAUAAAUGUUUUCCAUUUUUCGUCUUGAUUUAUUUUCUGUAUGAGAGCAGCUGUGUUUUUGAUAGGUUUAUGGUUUGCAUGAAUUAAUAUUUAAAGUGGUCUAGGCCAAUGCAUGGCUAUUGCUGUAAAUCUUGAUGUUUAUUUCUGUCUUAUAACAUUCUAUCAUGGCCUACCUGGAAUUUAAUAUUCAGUGGACAAAUUAGUUGGUCUUCUGCACAACUUUUUUAAAUAAGUACAUUAUUUUACAAACAAAUUUGAACAAAUUUAAUUGAAACUUUUGUUUAACUUGCCUCUAAGAACUUUUCUUAAUAAAGCUCACGAAACUUCUCAGCAAAUAAAUCUCUUGUAAGUAGGAAAAAGCUAGAUUUCAUACUUGCUUACUUUGAAUUAACAGCAACUUUCCAUAGGUAAAUCUGCUCUUGCAAAGAUGUGAGCAGAAUAUUAAAAAAAUAAUAUUUUUAUGUUUCAUAGUUGUAGAAUAGAAGCCAUAGAUGCAGUAAAUACUGUUUGUUGUCUGUUUUACUACUUCAAGCUUCAUUUUUCACAUUUUGAAGUUUAUUAGGUUAAAAAAAAAAAGGCAGCCUUGGAAGGCAGCUACUAUGGAAAAUUGCAGUUUGCAUUAAAGACAAAAUAGUAUUUUCAGCUCCAUAAGAAACCAUUCCUGCUGAAACUGCUGUAGAAAUUGUGAAGCUGCAUGAGUGGAGAAUGUUGAAUCUGUGAUUGUAGUAGUUUACUCAGGUUUGUUGAUCUCAAUGUUCGAUGCACUGUGUUUUAUAAAUAAUUAUUAAAGUUGAGUGAUAUUCAAUUCUAUGCAGUGUUACCUGUCAUUGACCUUUUGUGAAUGUGCAUGUUUUAAACUGCAAAUUUUAAACAUUUUAUCCUCUAAUUGUUAUUAAAAAUGAAAUAAACUUUACCAUUAC